UGCACUCCGUGUCUGCAGGAAUGUCUUAAGCCAAAAAAGCCAGUUUGCGGUGUCUGCCGCAGUACGCUUUCACCUGGUAGCAGGGCUCUGGACUUGGAAAAGCAAAUAGAAACAACAGAAACCACUUGUAAUGGCUGCAAUAAAAAAAUGUAUCUCUCAAAGAUGCGUAGCCAUGCAGCUUCUUGUUCAAAGUACCAGAAUUAUAUAAUGGAAGGUGUGAAAGCUGUAACUAAAGAACCACUUCACAACACCAGGAGCUUCCCAAAUCGCUUUACCUUUCCUUGUCCGUAUUGCAACGAGAAAAACUUUGAUCAAGAAGGGCUAGUUGAACACUGCAAAACAUUGCACAGCAUGGAUGCAAAACAAGUGGUUUGCCCAAUUUGUGCCUCGAUGCCAUGGGGAGAUCCAAAUUACAGGAGUGCUAACUUCAUGGAGCACCUUCAAAGGCGACAUCGCUUUUCGUAUGAUACUUUUGUGGAUUAUGAUGCUGAUGAAGAUGAUAUGAUGGCACAGGUUUUGAUGCGUUCUUUGCGGGAUAAAUGAACCAAUGAGAAGAUUAACUGUAAAGCCAAGCUUCCAUGAGGGGGAGAUGCCCAGCAUCGCCGCCUUCUCUCUGGACAUCCCAAGAUUAACUCAGGCUUCCAGAAGUACGGAAGAAUUUUUAAUUCCCAUCUCAGUCUCAAAUCCUGGUUUGAUAUUUCGGUA